AUGGAUGCUUGUGCUCUUCGAGAAAGCUAUGAGCCUCAUGAAUACAAGACAGAUAGCGAAAUUCCGUUUGGCCCUGACGGCAAUUCGUCAUUCAUUAGUGGCUAUAUCGAGCGAGUCAAAGGCACCUCUGCACCUUUCCUGGGUUUAAGAUGUGCCCGGAAAAACAUCAUAAUCGAGGCAGAACCAGCGUUAAGUGACAAUACGAAGCACAGAUUGAUGCAAGAAGCGAAAAUUCUCUAUUACUCUCGUCACCGUCACGUCAUCCGACUCAUACAUUCGUACUUCGUUGACGAAGGUAAGGAGUAUAUAAAAUUUGCAGUCGUCAUGGAUCUCGCAGAGGGCAACCUCCACCAAUAUAUCAGGCCAGGGAAGAUCCCUAGUAGCCAGUGGUUUGGCUGUUUGAUCAGUGUUGUUCACCACAUCCAUGACCUGGGUAUCCGUCAUAGGGACAUCAAGCCUUCGAAUAUCUUGGUAAAGGACAAGACAGUUCUCUUGGCCGACUUUGGAAUUUCUCAGAUGGGUCUUGGGAAAACAGUUCCCACCACGAACUUGACACGUAGCUCUGAGAGGUCACGGGAGUACUGUGCUCCCGAAGUGGAUAAGGGACUGUUCCUUGAGAUGCUCCUCUCGCAUACCCAUCCAGACGGGCAUAAGGAGCUCGCCGAUGUGUUAAAGCCGUCACCUCAAGAAACUUCAUCCUAUGCAAAACAUAUCGAGGAAGUUCAAAAGUGGACGAACGAGCGGCUUCACCCUGUUGGUUGGCCAGCGGUUGUUCUCUCUAUCUUGUUCUCUCUAUCUGCCAAGCCAUGCUACACCCUGAACGAUCUUGCCGCCCUUCAGCCGAAGAACUAG